AUAGCAUGUGGGCAAUCGGCCACUGUCGCUCAUAGGAACAUUCAGAAGCGCUGCGUUUUCUUUGCACGGUGAUUAAAGGACGGACCAAUCGCAACAAAGGAUAGGAAGAGCACAGUAGCUCCACCUCUAGCGGGCUGUCUCGGGCUGUUCUCUAGAUGUAUAUAAUCCUUGGGUUGACCCAGAAAACAAUCUCCGGUGUCAGGGGCUGAAGCAGAAGCUUGCUGCUUCUGAGAGUGUAGUUAAAUUCCCUGGAAUACGAGCAGAAAACUGUUUCUUACAUCUGUAACGUCUCCGUUGGAAGUAACUCAGAGAAUCCACGGCUUCGGAAAAACAUUAUCAACUCACCCUCGGAAUACAAGCAUUCUCUGGAACGUUCGAAGGAGCCAUGGCUGACCACAUGAUGAUGCCCAUGACCCACGGCUCAGCAAGCGGCCUGCACGGCUACCGCAUGGGCAUCAACGGCGCUCCCCAGCACGGCCCACCGUCCGGCCUGAGGACCCUGCCCAACGGCCAGGUCCUGCACUACGGCCGCCCCCCGCAGGGCUCCAUGGACGUGGGCAUGCGGCCCGGGCCUGGCAUGGUCGGCGGCGGCAUGAACGGACAGGUGAACGGCGGCGGCCCCAUGGGCGGCGGGCAUCACCACCCCAUGCAGGGCCCUGGCAUGAUGUACGGCGGGCAGAGCCAGCACCACCAGCAGCAGAUGCAGCAGCAGCAGCAGCAGCAGCAGCACCACCACGCCAUGCAUCCGCAGAGCCAGCACCCCCAGCAGUACAUGAACGCCCAGGGCCUCACCCCCUCCCAGCAGCUGAUGGCCAGCAUGCACCUCCAGAAGCUCAACAACCAGUACCACGGCCACCCGCUCGGACCCAUGAACGGGAACCACAUGGGCGGGAACGGGGUCCAGUACCGCAUGGGCCCGGCUCAGCUGGCCAGCAUGCAGCACAUGGCCGGGCCGGCGCUGGGCCUGAACGUGAUGGACACGGACCUGAUCGACGAGGAGGUUCUGACGUCGCUGGUCAUGGAGCUCGGACUGGACCGCGUCCAGGAGCUCCCGGAGCUCUUCCUGGGACAGAACGAGUUUGACUUCUUCUCGGACUUUGUGUGCAAACAGCAGCCGAGCACGGUCAGCUGUUGAGCUGUGUCCGGCACUAUGUCCAGCAGGUGACGAUCAUCCUGGUGUUUUUUAUUUUGUGUUGUUGCUGGGUUUUUUUUGUCCUUUUUGAAGGGGGCCUGGUCGCCAUGGCAACGGCGCCAGUACCACCACCACCACCACUGCACAGGUAGAGAAGGAUGCUGUCUCCUCUCUCUCUCUCUCUGAAGGGCCUGUGUGUAUGUGUGUGUCCGUGAUGAAGACAUGUUACACCACACACACACCAACCUUGUGUAGAGCAUCCAAGUGUGUGUGAGUGUGUGUGUGAGUGAACUUUGUUUUUGAGAGAGCGCAAACAAAAGGAGGGAGAUGGUCUUUUUGUCUUUGAAUCUUUCUGACCCACCUUGGGGACUGCCUCUCCUCGCCAUAGGAGUCCUCGACCGAGCUGGCCUCAGUUGGGGGCACUUGGAUUGCGAGGUCGGCCAGCCCUGCCUUGUCUCCAUUUGCCCCAUGUCUUACCCCCCCCCCCCCCCCCCCACACCAGGGGUGGGUCAGUGCCAUCGCCUGAUCUCCACACGAAUGAAUGUAGACUCUCUUAUCAUCGGGGGCAGAGGGGCCGCCAAGAACAAUGCGUGGAAAAAGGACACUUGUCUGUCUGGCUGCUUCGCCGCUUCCACCCCCCUGGACUAGUAGAUUCUAUGGCAUUUAGAAAUGUAUUUAUUUAUGAAUCCCACCAAAUAGUGGACACUUUGUGACGAUGAAUGGGUCUGUUUUUUGGGGUAUUGAAGGCAGGCACUUCAAUAAGCGAGUACAACCAUGCCUCCCAUUUCUUUAAACCCGGUGUAGGUCCAUGAUUUGGGCUCGGGUUUGGUCUGGUUUGAUGUGCUAGUGUGUGUGUUUGGGGUUUAGCUGUGAUGGUGUCACAUGAGUUGCGACAAAUGAUACACUGUUAUGUUCUCUGACCAUUGUUUUAUCUCAGUAGUACGACUUUAAAGGUGAUUCCAAAAUGACACGUUCUAUUUUAAGUUAAAAACAAAGAAAAGAGGAAAAAAAAACGCAAAAGCAUUCAGCUCAAUGCAAUAUAUCACAUGUUCAUGAUGUUGUUCAUUUUUUUUUCUCUUUGACUGGUAACUGAAUUAAACCAAAUCAAAUCACUGGGCGCUAUAGUGUGAUACUGUAUACUGGGCUCUGUCUUGAUGCUUUGAAGGGCCUCUCCCGUAGUGCAGCUCCCUUGGAAGCCCCUUCCCUCUCAUCCUUAUGUAGAAGUGUACGCUCUGAACAGGUUUAGCCGAAGCUGUAGAAUUGCCUUAAUGACAUAGCAUUGUGAUUUCCACUGUAAAGUCUCAAACCGCCUGUGCUCUGCAAUCGAAAGACAGGCAAGCGCUGAAACUUCGAAAGAAAGAGGAACUAACCUUUUGUUUCUGUGUCUAUAAGCAUGCCUUAGGAGUGCAGCUUUUUUUUUUUAAAAAAAAAGUCAUCGUGACUCUUGUCUAGCAAAGGUUGUUAUUGGAUACACUCCGCUGUUUUGCAUAAAAGGUUCAUUAGCCCUGCUGGUAUGUUCGAGCACCAUGGGAUUUCUGCUCGCUCGCAUGAGUGUGAGAAAUAAUAUCACAAGCAACUGGCAGUCCAACAUUCUUCAGGUUUCAGUAGCGUACUGUAACUGGCAGUUCAUGCUGUCGUAUCUCGCUCUUUCUCUCUCUUUCUCUUUCUCUCUCUUUCUCUCUCUCAAUACGACCCAGGGACUGUGUGUGUGUGUGUGUGUGUGUGUGUGUGUUCCAGAGAGCCCCCCCGCAAUAAUCUGUUAUUGCUUUUUUUCUGGGAGAGGGCACACACUUGACACACACACCUCACACAACACUGAAAUUGCUACUUAAAAUGCCAUCGUGAAAACAACACAUUGCGGAAGCUAUGUGUUGUGUUGGAAUGUCAGUCAGUCCACACACCGGUUAAACAGAGACUGACCAGGAAACAGAUUGGCCAUGACCAGUUUAAUUAUCAUCUGGGGCAGCCAGUCUCUACUUGCUACACUGGUUUCAUUACACGUGUCCAACACCCUGUCGGUCCUGAGUGGGAGCUGUUACCUGUGUGUGUGUGUGUGUGUGUGUGUGUCCCAGCUUACUCAGCAAGUUUGUAGCUGAUUAGAUUUAAAUUACAUUUCCUCACAUGCUUGUCUUAAUUGAGGUCAGCUCCGUGCUGCCUUUCCCUGUAGCCCAGGCGUAAUUACAAAAUGGACGUGUUCUGCUAUGUUGUGCGUGUGUGUGUGUGUGUGUGUGUGUGUGUGUGUGUGUGUGUAUGUGUUUUAAUCUUUUUAAAUUUUUAUUUCUGAUGAAGUCUUUGGAGGUGUUGUCCUGCCAGUUGAGAGGGUGGAGAGGAUGGGGGGGAUGUGUCUCACUCCUUUCCUGUGUUGUGGCAGAGCUGCAGUGCUGAGCAUUGCAGAGGGUGGAGGAGUGGAGUAGAGAGGAGAGGGGGAUGGUGUUGGAAAGCAUGGCAGCAUUAUGGGUUAAUCUGUUCCCUCAGAACUGCCGAGCUCAACGCUGUCCUGUUCUGUGUUGGCAAUCUCUCUCUCUCUCUCUCUCUCUCUCUCUCUCUCUCUCUCUCUCUCUCUCUCUCUCUCUCUCUCUCUCUCUCUCUCCCUAUCCCCCGUUCUAUCUCUCCCUCCCUCUCUCUCUCUUUAUUUUUUCCUGUCCAUUUCCAUGAAUCUCUCUCUUCCUUGCCCAUUCCAUUCCUUUCUUUCUUUGCUUCUUUCUUUCACUAAUAGAUUCUCUCUCUCUCACUCCCUCUCUAUCCCUCUCUCCACCUCUCCACCUCCGCCCCAUAAGGGCUGUCACCUAGCCAGUGCAGAGCAGGACACCGGGACAUUAACAAUAGAGGCAGAGAUGACACUCAACGGAAAAAAGGAGUGAAAUAGACAGCUGCUCCUUUUUCCUGUUUUCUGUCCAUUUCACAUGUGGCUGUUCUUUUCUUUUUCUUUUUUUGGGCUGCCUUUCUUUUUCUUCCCUGUCUUUUUAUUUUCACAAUAUACACAGUCGACCAAACACUGAGAACUUGUAUGAAGAGUAACCUUACGGACUUAAUGUAUUGUACUCGACACAGAGAGUUUUGUUUCCUUUUUGUCUAUACGAGUAUAUCAAAAAUAGGUACACGUGA